AUGGCAAAGGCCAGGACAACGACGACGACGCUCCUCCUCGUCGCCGCGGCUCUCCUCGUGGCCUCCUGCAGCGCGUGGGAGGUCAACAUCCGCAUGCCGACCUCGGCCGCGGACGUGGACGAGGCCGUGGUGGCGCCGCUGAUCCAUGCGCUGCGGCCGCUGCUGGGCUCCGGCAAGCACGCCGGAGUGGCGUGCGACAGCUGGGUGCUGGGCGUGGAGGCGCACAACGUGCGGGACUGGAAGACCGUGCCCGCCAGCUGCGAGAGCUACGUCGGCCACUACAUGCUCGGCAGCCACUUCCGCCGUGACUCCAAGAUCGUCAUCGACCAGGCCCUCGCCUACGUCGACUCCCUCAAGCUCGCCGGCAACGGCAAGGAGGUGUGGGUCUUCGACAUCGACGAGACCACCCUCUCCAACCUCCCCUACUACGCCAAGCACGGCUUCGGAGCUACACCGUUCAACGCGACGAGCUUUGACGCAUAUGUGUUGGAGGGGAGCGCGCCCUCGCUGCCGGAGACGAAGCGGCUGUACAACAAGCUGCUCUCGGUCGGUGUCAAGCCGGUGUUCCUCACCGGCCGGACCGAGGACAAAAGGGCCAUCACCGUCACCAACCUCCUCCGCCAAGGCAUCUCCGGGUGGAUGAACCUGCUGCUGAAGCAGCCCGGCUUCAAGGGCUCCGCGGCGACCUACAAGUCCGGCGAGAGGCAGAAGCUGCAGGAUGCUGGGUACAUCAUCAUCGGUAACAUCGGCGACCAAUGGAGUGACAUCCUUGGCGCACCUGAGGGCGCCCGCACUUUCAAGCUGCCCGACCCCAUGUAUUACAUCGGCUAG